UGUAAUCAUCAAUGUUUCUCCACCUCUAAUUAGAACCCAGCUAAAAUCCGCAGAAAAACCAGGAUCAGGAUGCAGAAGUACGACAAGAUGGAGAAGAUCGGGGAGGGCACCUACGGCACGGUGUUCAAGGGCCGCAACCGCGACACCAUGGAGAUCGUGGCCCUAAAGCGCGUUCGCCUUGACGAGGACGACGAGGGAGUGCCCAGCUCCGACGAGCUGAAGCACAAGAACAUCGUGCGCCUCAUAGACGUCCUGCACUCGGACAAGAAACUCACCCUGGUCUUCGAGCACUGCGACCAGGACCUCAAGAAGUACUUCGACAGCCUCAACGGGGAGAUCGACAUGGCCGUGUGCCGAAGCUUCACGCUCCAGCUGCUCCGCGGACUGGCCUUUUGCCACAGCCAUAAUGUCCUGCCCCGCGAUCUGAAGCCCCAGAACCUAUUGAUCAACAAGAAUGGCGAACUGAAGCUGGCUGACUUUGGUCUGGCUCGAGCCUUCGGCAUCCCCGUGAAGUGCUACUCCGCGGAGGUGGUGACUCUGUGGUACCGACCACCCGACGUUCUGUUUGGAGCCAAGCUAUACACCACCAGCAUCGACAUGUGGUCGGCCGGAAGAUUAAAGACAAUCCUUAACAAUGUGACACUUAAUAUAGCCAUUUAGCUGCCAAAUUAAUCGUUAACGUUUUAGUACGGGUUCAUUUUUCUUUGUUAUUUUUCUUAUUAUUUUUGUUAUUUAAUUAAGGUUUGAAAAUAUGGUUUAUAAUUGUCAAAGAUUUCUGGUUUCAAAAGUGAUUGACAACGGAUAACAAUUCAGAGAUAAGCGAGUUUUAAAGAAAAUUUUUAAAACUUAAGCAUUAACUAACUUGAGACCCAGAUAUUCAAAUGUAUCUUAGUUUUGUAGACUAAUAAAAAGGCACUUACCAAAGCGCUACUUCCAAGCA